CUUCCACUUCCUACUUGCUGUAAAGUAAUAAGUGGGACAAUCAACCUGAGGAAGCUGCAAACCCCAGAUAUUGCAGCAUUGUCUGCUUGCUGUUGAGGGAGUAUGAAGUAAGAGGCGGGUCUCUGUUUACUGAGAGAAAACUAACUGCAGCAAGGAACUGCACAUGGAAAAACUAUUCUUCUCAAACUCACACAGGGAUUAUGAGCAGCUCCUUUUUCCUGCAACAAAAAGACCUAAAGAAGACUGAGAGGAGAGGAGAAUGUGAGCUCAGCUUCAGGCUUGUCUACAUUUUCUCAUAUAACCUGUUCCAGUUCUGUGGACACACAUGGAUACUGGCUAACACCAUAGCCAGGUUUCUCACAUUUGGUCAAGAUGCCGUAGCAGACACAUUUUACGCUGUUGGCUUUGUGAUGAGUCUGUGUCAGCUGCUCUCCAUCCUGGAACUUUUCCACAUCGCAGACGAAAUUGAGAAAGCCAGACUCCUGCCUCGUUUCGUCCAAGUUAUGGAGAAGAACCUCCUGCUGACCAUGGUCAUCAUUCUGGAGGAGAUCCAGAGUAAACCAGUCGUGUGUGUACAACUGUUCUUGUGGAACAUUCAGGACCUCCUACGGUACCCAUACGAGCUACUGUGUGUUAUGGGUACACCCUCUAUCACCAUGUUGUGGACUCGCUACACACUCUUGAUCCCCUUGUACAUCCUGUCAGUGGCCACUGAAGGUGUCACUAUAUACCAGGCCCUGCCUUAUGUUGAGUCAGCAGCACCAAACUCAUUGAAUUCAACAGCGUCAACACACAUUCACCUCCCCUUCCUCCUGAUGGUCUACCUGCCUGUUCUUGCUCUAGGGGCCUCCGUAACGGUCUGGCAACUGCUGAAGGAGAGACAACAGCAGCUGGAGAAAUGGAACAAGAAGAUGAAAAGGGAGUGACCCCUGAAGUCAAAAGUCUGAAUGCUUGGAUGGUUUAAGUCUUUCAGCAACCUCCUCUGAAGUACAAUUUUUUAAAUCUUACUUUUUUAAUUCAGUGAGUUUGAUAAUCAUCAAGAUGUAUCAUCAUUCAAAUCUAUAUAUUUAAGAGAUCUUGAACUCAAGAACCACAAAAUCAAAUUUACUGUAUUUAAAGAACCUUUAAUGGGGCAUUUACUGUUUUGACAGAGCACAUUCCUCUUGAAGUUGUCCUUCUCAUAUGCGGUUGAAGCUGAUGGCAGAACAAUGGCAGUGCAGUUUCAGUUAAAGUUCAUAAAUGUAAAUGUCCAUGGUGCUGCAGUAGCCGUUUCCACAUGUUCAGAGCCUGGUGUCCAACAGAGACAGGUUGAGUGUGUUAAAGCUCCAGCCGUGUUUUUGCGAAGACCGUCUGUAGCCGUUGCCAUAGUAACGGUCUGUUUGCUCCCCUGGCUACCAGCCGUACGCCCUUGUCCACACAGCCUUCUUCUUGAACUCAGAGGAGGACUUCAGGGCCAACAGGGCAGCUGGAAAGACACGCAAGGACGAUCAGAUAAACCACUCCAGUUUAUCCAGUUUGUAAUUAAACAAAGAGCUUUUAUUCUGCCAAGAAAGUUGUUUGCUCUUGUGAAUGUGAGAUAUAAAUGUAAGAGGAAAGACUGUGUGGUAAGAGAAGGCUGUGUGUUUCAGGUUUCACCCGUGUAGGUUUCUGCUAGCUACUGCUACUGAUGUUUCUGUCCAUACUGUUAUGUUUAAACAAUGCAGACAUCAGCGUCUCCUCCCCCUCUUCCCCUCCCUCUUAACCAAUUUUGGUUUCUUUUGAAACCUGCAUGGUCUAUAUCAUGGAUGUCUUAUGAGACCUGGAUACUUGUCCUCUGGUUUCAAUGGAAGCUGCACACCCAGCAAAAAAGUUGCAUCUCUUCCUUGUCUGCUUCUGAGUUAUGUGUCCCACUACACAUGCAAAUUACUGUCCGCCAACUCUGCCAAGAUUGAACUUCGAGAUGACACACACAUUGAAAUAGUUAGACGGUUUUGCAAAUAAAAAAAUGUCAUGGUUUAAUAAUUGACCUUGUGUGCAGUGAUGGUGGAGGUGUCCUGUCAACACCUUUACUUGCGUCUCUUUUCUAAUGGUUUUAUUUAAGGUGUAGUACCACAGUUGGCCACUGGGGUACAUUGGCGAUAGAGCUGAUUGGCAGCACAGUAUGGUAAAGCAAGUUUAUUAACCCUUUAUUAAGAUAGUUCUGCGUUGAAGUAAGUACUAGCAGUUAAUAGUUUAAGUCAAUUUCACGUAUUUUGAAUUAGACAUUUGUGGCUGAAACACUGUAAGCAUGAAUGGCAUGUCACUACUGGGGGAGGGGAGGGGAGGGUGGUGCGUGCUGGUGUUAAUUACUGUUAUUAGCCGCUGAUCUAACCUGCUCAACAACACGGUUAGCUGUUGCAUCUCCUGGAGGGGAUUAAAACACUUGACUGUGCACUAUUGCUGCAGUUGGUGCCAACGUUCUUCUAUGAGUUCAACUCUCUUAAAUCCGAACACACAAACAUGGUACACACAUUUUUAGAUUCAUUGUUCAUUACACUUUCAGAGGGUAUCAUUAUACCAGCGGUUCAUUGUGAUUUAUCUGUACAUCUGCUUACAAAUCAUAGAAAAAGAGACACUCCUAACUUCAGCACUUGCCUGAGAAUCUCAAGUCAAGUGCAAGUUGUCAUCCAUGGGUACACUGCCUACUAGAAAAAGUACAACUGAAUGCUACUUAAAGUUGGAGUUCAUCCUUGUAAAGUCGGGGCAGAUCCAUCUCCCCUGACUUCAUGAAUUGUAAAUGGUAAACCAUCAACUAAAAGUAAAUCACAUUUGUCUGUAUUAAUUUCAAUAAUACGUGUCAUUGUAGGAGCCUAAAUGCAGUUUAUUGAUAAAUAGAAAUUUUAUUAAUUAACAUGCAAUAAUUUAAGUUCAUAUAUAGAAGGAAUUUGAAGGAAUAUUUAUUUAGGUUGAUGUAUUUACAGUUUAUAUUUACAGUUAUGCAAUACGUUUGUUGAGGAUAAUUCAUUUAUAUUACAUUGGUAAUAUUUGGGGAAUAGACGCCUGUGAUUGUCUUUUCCUAUGAAAUGCAUGCACCUUAAAUUUCCUGAGUUACCUCAGAGGACAGUUUUUUUGACCUGUCUCUCUCUCUUCCUCUUUUUCUCUCAUUAUUUUAUCAACUCAUUUUACUGUAAUCUUCACGUACAGAAGUUUUGCUGUAUCUAAAUAAACAGAUACACUUUUUA